AUGGCACCAUCCAGGGCACUCCUCCGUCGUGGGCUCGCGACUGCAACACCAUGCUGGCGCCCGGCUUCGUGUCUCCCCACAGCAUUUGCCACCCCGAUACAGAAGCCCCAGCAUAUCCCAGCCCUGCGGCCUGGCCCAUGGCGACAGCCACUAUCCUGCACACCACGCACACAGGCGUAUUCGCAGUCAGCCAGCACCACACCACAAGCGCCGGAUUACCUCAACGAGGCUGAGUUACACGUCUUCAACAAAAUAAAGUCGGAACUAGAGCCCCUCAAGCUAGAGGUCCAAGACAUCAGCGGAGGGUGUGGUUCAAUGUACGCGAUUGAAAUAGAAUCUCCCAAGUUCAAAGGCUUGACCGUCAUCAAGCAGCACAAGAUGGUCAACGAGGUGCUCAAGGAUGAGAUCAAGAGCUGGCAUGGCGUUCAACUACGAACAAAGGCUGCUUGAACCCAGCGUGUCAUGACUUUUUGUAAAUCAUGUACAAAUAAUAUAUGUUGAUAAG